AGCAGAAAAAUUCAACAUAUUCAGAACAGGACAAUCGUACCCUUCCUUCGUGUAACGUGUUUCAGAUUUUGUAAUUUUCUAACUUAAAAGGAAGACUGAUCAUUUUGGUGCAUUAUCGGCAAAGGUGGAAAACCGCGUUGUUCCAUAACCAUCCCUGUAGUUCCGCGCUGACGUCACAGCAGCGCCCUUCUUGUGCUGCUCCUUCCUGACUGCAAAAUUCUAGAAAAGGUCCAAUUACUGAUUUUCGUGUUAGUUCUGGCGCAUAAUUUCCGUUUUUACUCGCAAGAAGUUCGCGAGAUGAUCGUUGAACUGGGAUUUCUGGGUCGACCUGUCAACAGCCGUAAAUCCUUUGCAGAUUGACAUUGUUAACUGAUUUUGGUAACUUGCGUUUAACAGAUUAACUUGGUCGUGGAUGGAAUGGCUCUGGUGUGUGCAGUGUGCUGUCCUCUCCGAGCUCCUAUGGCUCGCAAUGGCCCCGCGUGGUUGUCCUUGAUACGCUGCGCAUCAUCCGAACGGCCUCCAUCGGAGAAUCUCUUCGAUAAAAACACCAAAUUCGGCCCGAAAUCUACCUGGUUCAACGAUCCUGCCUUGGAUACUGCGGCUGCAAAGCAAUCCGUGCGACUGCGACCCUCGACGUUGCUAUACGCUGGGAAAAGUCGGGAUGGAAAAAGCCACAUCUUGAGAUCGGCACAGUAUCUGCAUAGAGAAUUACCAGUGCGGUUAGCUCAUCGCGUGGCUGGUUUCCGCUCACUACCUUUUAUCGUCGGAUGCAAUCCGCACAUUGCCGAAGUGCACGAGCUGUACAUUCGGGCGUUCCAUAUCCUAAACAGUUUUCCUCCGAUUGAGACUUUUGAAGCGGAAAAGAAGUACAGCAAUAUCAUUCGGGAACUGUUACAUGAAUUUCGCGAUGUUGUGACCACAUUGGCGGAAGGAUUUAAGGAUUCUCGACAAUACAUGUCGAAAGAAACCCUGAAGGCAUUUUUGGAUCGAACAUUAACUUCGCGUCUAGGAAUCCGUUUACUAGCCGAACAUCACUUGGCGUUACAUGAGGACAAACCGAAUUUUAUCGGUGUUAUUUGCGUCAACAUGAAUUUACAUCGAACAGUAGAAAAGUGGGCGGAAUAUACUAGAGAGUUGUGCUUGAAUAAAUUCGGCAAGACACCUCAGGUGAAAAUCAGCGGACACGUGUCCGCAUCGUUUCCAUAUGUCUCUGCCCCUUUGGAUUAUAUCCUUCCGGAAUUGUUUAAAAAUGCUAUGAGAGCAACCGUGGAGAAUCACCAGGACGUCGAUGUGGACACUCUCCCCAGUGUCCAUGUUAUGCUGGCCAACAACGACGUAGAUUUUGUUAUCCGCAUUUCCGAUCGCGGUGCCGGUAUACCGCAUCGGCACUUGCCAUAUAUCUUUGAUUAUCACUAUACCACCGCGUCGUUGUUCUAUUCGGAUACGACCGGCGAUCGGGAACCGGGAUUCAUGGAUGAUUUCAUUUCCAUGGCCAACCCCGGUGUGACGCGAGGACCCAUGCACGGAUUCGGUUUUGGUCUGCCAACAUCCUCGGCAUAUGCGGAUUACCUGGGCGGAUCGUUAAAAAUCGAGUCAAUGCAAGGUCUGGGAACGGAUGUUUAUCUGAGGCUGCGCCAUCUCGAUGAUAGCAAAGACAGUUUUCGCAUAUAAUCGAAACUGUAGACCGGAUGGCUUAGGCGUUAAAUACAGAAUUAUAUUCGCAUACUGGAUCAGAAAUGGGAAUUAGCCAAUCCUCAACCGUAAUGCUCAAAAAGAGAUAUUUCUGUCCACAUAGGUGGCCUUUAUUCUGUUACUGUUUAGUCGUUGUGAUCCGUGAUUAACCUGUUUCUCUGGUCGUUUUGCUGCUGUGUGCUGCUUUUCAUUGAUGGAAUCUCCUCGUUUUGGGAAUCUCCGAUUAACGCAGCUCCUUUAAGUUUUAGGUUUGCAUGUAGAGUUUAUAUGUGUAACAGAGUAUGUGAUCUGUAUGAGAGAUUAUUUGCUAUUUGUGUCUUAUGGAAUGCUGUACUUUACGUGGAGGCAAAAAUGUUCAUAAUUCAGAUAUUACUGUAUUAAAGAACGGAUAUGUACUAAAUGUUCCUU